UCUCAGCGAAAUGCUGACAACAUAUCUCAAAGGUGGAAGCUGUAUUCUACAAAAGCGAGGAAUCAAAAUAAAGUGCGAGCGAUUCAAGUAUGGGGGAAUCAUCGUCAACUCCUUUAACGCCGAGGAGGAAGACAAGGAAAAAUCAGGAAGCGGCUACUACUUCUUCAGAGACUGUGGCAACUGCGUCUGCCAUCGGUUCCAGCACUAAAAAGAAGCGGGGCCGCAGGAGCACGACACCGAAGAAAGAAAAGGGGACGGAGACGACCCAACCCAGAACCCCCCCUACCAUCGAAAGCAGUGCCACCAAGAAGAAACGAAAACGAAAAAUAACGUCGCCGGAGCCAGCGCCAAUACCAACACCAACACCAACACGAACCAAUGCCGUGGCAAAGAAAGAGAUCAACCGAAAUGCGGGACCCACGAUCGUUGAAAAGGAUGCCGUGGCUCCCACGUCCACGACCUCCAAAACCACCAACAAGGAAUAUCCAGCUACAAUGGAUGCCCGGGUUCAUCGAUUGCGUCACAUGGGAUACAUUCCCGGGAGCGUAUCCGCCCUGACACCAAGAUCUACCAACUGCGGACAGAUCGUCGUCGCCCGAACCGACGGCAGCUACGAGCUCAAAUCGGUCACGUCUCCACCCAAGGGGAUCGCCAGUAGCAACAGACACUACGCGGACAACAUCAGGGUUCCGAUGCAUCGAUUGGUAACGAUUGCGGAGACGCCUCCCGCGACGGGCCGGAAGCCUUCCAACGACGAAGACAGUUCCGUGGACUCCGAGAUGGACGCGGAGGACGACGAAUCAUCUUUGCUUCUCUGUCCCGAUGCCGCCUCUUCCCUGUGCUGGGUGUACCCGUCUGCUCUGUCGUCUCCGGUCUGUGUUGGAUCGGGACCCAACGGCAACCUGUGGAUCGUAGAUUUUAAAACAUCGAGACCGAUCGACGUCGUUUCGAGCGGUGGCGGGGGGAUUUUCGAUCUCGCGGUCCUGAGCUGCGGAGACGGUGGCGGCAGCGACGACAACGGUGCGGGGUUUCCGUUUGUAGCCGCCGCCUGUGAAGACGGAUCGGUCCGGAUAUGGAGGGUGGGUUCCGGCGAUGGCAGCAGCCGCGGGCAGAUUCUCCAGGACACACCGUUUGCCACUCUUCCUUCCGUAGGGGCACCGAUUUUGUCGUUGGUGUGGAGGCACGUCGCCACGAGGAGCAAAGGAAAGAACCGAGCCACGAUUCAAACCGUGGUCUUUGCUGCCACCGCUGAUGGCACCAUCCGGAAAUACGGGCUCGAGAUUGAUCGGCAACAACAAAUCAUAGAUUCUUCCGAGCCGAGUGACUCUUACUCGAUACCCAAUCCCCCCAAAUCGAUCUUGCGCAUGACGGUCGAAAGCAAAGGACGAAAGGACUCUACCAAGGUUUGGACGCUUUUGCUGCUACGGGACAACACUGUCGUGGCGGGAAAUUCUCUGGGACAGGUCCAAUUCUGGAAUGGCGAAACAGGGACGCUGACCCAAACCAUUGUGCAAUCGAAUUCGCGGGCCGACGUCCUCAAGCUGGUCGUUGAUUCCGACGAAACSAAGAUAUUUUGUUCCGGUGUCGAUUCCAGGGUGGUGUGCUUGGAACGAAAGAAGCCCCCGAUUAAGGCAAUCGCAGCCCAGCAGCAGUCGAAUGCCACUGGUAGCAGCAAGGAUCUAACGGCAUUAGUAGCAUCCCACCUCACGUCCUAUCGACCAUGGAGAAUGACGGUCAGCCAGCGACCGCACACCCACGAUGUCAAAGCGAUGGCUAUUGUCGCUUCGGCGUCGGCGUCUGGUGCCAGACCUACCGAAACGCUGUUGACCGCAGGAGUGGACACGAAGAUUUGUUCGUACUCGGUUUCGAACUUUUCCCAGAGCCAGCCACAAACGUGGUAUCCCUGGCCGAGUGCAACCUCGCUGUUCUCUUCCUCCAUCUCCACGGCCAAGGGCGGUCCAAGGUUGGUGGCAAUGCAGCGGUACAACGGUAUUGAGUUGUACGAGCUCGAGGCCUUGAAGUCCCGCAAAAACAAUCAUAUUAUGCUUUCGGCUCACGAAUCCCACAAAACAGUAAUUGCGCAACACCCAACGAGUAUCCCGCUUGGGACCAUCAAAUUGGAUGGAGGCGAGGGAGAAGAAGAGCAAGACUCGUCGAGUGUCCCGACGCCUUCCUCGCCGUUGCGGGCAUCGUUAUUGAGUCCGGACGGUCAAUACUUGGCGGUUUCGAACAUGUCGUCAACCUAUGUAUUCUACAUCGAUUACAUCGCAAGUGCGGAAAGUCCUCGGCGAAUUCGACCAAGAAUGAUAGAGCUUCCAGAGGAAAUUCGAAACGUGUCGGCCACAACAUUUCUAUUUGUCGGUGCGACUCUCUACGUUGGAGAUUCUUCCAGAGACCAAAAGGUGUAUGUGGCCCGGUUGCGUCCUGGCAAAACCAAAGGCGAGGACGAAGAUCAGAUGGGCAUCGACGUUGAUGAUAGCAAAAAGAAAAGCUUACAGGAAACCAUCAUCCUACCUACAUCUUGUCAAACUAGCUCCGGACAAAUCGCAUUGCCGAUCCAAUCCAUUCAUGCUAACGACGAGUUUCUGGUUACCCUUAGUCAUGCACAAGAGAAUGCCAUUCACAUCUUUCGACGAAAAACCAAAAACAGACCCUUUGAACAUUUUUGGACUCUGCCAAGCCUGGGCGGCGGAACCGAUGCCCGACCAGCUGCUGUGACACUGUUGGAUGGCAAUAAGCUCGCUGUUGCGACGUAUCGGUCGCAUUUGUAUCUGUUCGACAUUGAAACCAAAAGUCUAAAUGAAUGGAGCGAAAAGUAUGGAUUCCCACUCAAAGAUAGCAAAUGGACGGAAGAUGCUCUUUGCGACCGAGGCUAUCCUGUCCGAUUGAUUCCACGCCAAAAUGGACGCCUCGUCUUGGUACGUAAAUCCUGCACCUCAAAAGUGUUUUUGGAGCGCACGAUGUUAUUCCCCAUUCAAGCGAGCAAUGCUCUUGAUCUUUUUUGGGGGUUGUCAAUCUUGCUAGAUAGAAUUUUGGUCUCGUUUCGCCCACUCCAGGCCCUGUUCAGCUGGUUCGUGGUAUAGUAGUAGUCCACAAUUUUUCGUUAUUACUCACGCAGUUCAUAAACUAUUUUCACUCUAAUGAACAGGUGUCAUUCGGCACUUUUUGUGUCAUUGAUCUCACGAAACCAAUGCCACAGCGCUGUCGAACAGUCCCUAAGAGACCUGUGUGGAGAACUCGAAAGAAAUACAAGGCCGUUGUUCAUGAUGACGGCGAAGACCACGAUAAUGUAGAAGAUAACGACGAUCAUUGGCUUGAUUCCAGAGUGACCAAAGUUGUCGAAGAUGAAUAUUCCCACAAUGAUCUUGAUGCAGAAGACGACGACGCAACGGAAGCCAAAAACUCUCAAGCAUCUGCCUCAAGGUCGUCCGACACGAAGUCUAUCAAGGUACCAAACGAAAUUCAUGACGAAGAACUUGCUGCUAGAAGCUGCACGAUCUGUUCGCACUACAAGAAUAUUCUUUACGCAAAUUUCCUUGGUGCGAAAGAAAUGAUUGUAGUUGAACAGCCGUGGUUAGACAUAGUGGAAACGUUCCCAGCAGCUUUGCAGCGUAAAAUUUAUGGUGCUGACUAGGACGCCAACGGUACGUUUUCGAAUCGAAUCUUCAACCCGCAAGAUUGCAGCGAUGCUUGGACUUUUUCAUGUCCUCGAACAUCUCCUUUUUUAACUCUUGCAAUAUUAUACUAGUAUGUAUAUACUUUUGUCUCAAGUUUGAACUGAUUGAGUCGUUUUCAAGUCGCUUGACUGGUAUAGAUUGAGGUAACAUUUUCUUUUUUUAUUCGAAAUGGGCUAAUGGAGUUGCUUUCUUCUUCGUGUUCUUCCAAUACGGAUAUUCCAGAUGCUUUCAACAUCUGCUGAGUACCGUUCUCUCAUAUUAUCAACAAAACGAGCUGCGGCGUUCCUUAGAGCAAUGUUAACCUGGUAAUAGUUUCUUUCGUUAUCUUACUAUUGAAAAAUGAACUAUCGAGUCUUAA